UGCUGCUGCUGAUCAUAAAGAAAGGUACUUUCUUGAUCCUAGGGUUGAUUCAAAAAAUGGGUUUGAUGGAAAGUUGAAGAAGGAUUGUGCUGAAACAGAUUUGUUGAUGAUCAAGAAAAAUAAACCAAUGGAACAUUACAAAAGGAUGCAAUGUUGGGUUAUUGUGAAGAGAAUGAUUGAAGGGAGAGACGGUUGGGCAUUGAAAGAAUCUCUUGAUCUCAAAUUUUUGAAGGGUUUGGAGAAGAACAAAUCAAAGGUACAAAAGGCAAUUGGUUUGAAAGAUAUUGAAUCCAAGUUGAAAUCAUAUUCAACACCAGAUGAAUUUGCAAAGGAUAUGAGGUUUGUUUUCUCUCAAGGAUUGCUUUACCAUCCAAGGCAUAUUGUUCACAGAAUUGCUACGAAAUUUAGUGAAACUUUUGAGAAUAAAUGGAAAAGUUUGAAUGAAGAAUGGACAAUUGAAGAAAGGAAAGUGAAAAGGAUUCAUAAGAGGAAGAGGGAACAAGCUGUUUAUGAUAAUGAGAGGAAAUGUCUCAGUUUCCAACAGAAAAGAUCACAACUUUGUGCAACAUACUGA